UGCUGACAAUUCCAAUUCUGCAAUACAUGGGAGAAUCACUUCGUUGUAUACCAGAAACGCGAAUCUUAUUUUUUGUGUACAAACAAAACAGUUCGUUACGUUCCAAAGGAAAAUUUUGCCAUCACAAGAGACUAUUGGCUGCGUCAUAUACGUUACUCGAUUGUAUUCCUGAGUGGCACUUCCAAGUAUAACUUUUUUAAAGCAAUGGAGGAUUUGCGUUAAAGGAAGAAAGGAUCUUUUAUUACGGACCUCCUACCGAUACCAGUCUUGUGCGAAUUUUUUUUAGGGCCAAACGUCGCAAAUGUAUGACGAAACUUUUUGAUCAAUAUGUGAAAUCAUGUCGAAACAUUUUGUUUGGGCGAUCUUUAUAAAAAUAUCAAUCUUGAUGAAUCGAUUUUCUAAACUGCGUAAGGAUCAAAAAUUACAAGGCCUUUUCCCGUUUAUCUAUUUAUUCUAUACUAAGUAGACUUCUCUUUAACUCCUAUACUCGCGCGCAAAAUCGUAAUUCAUAUACUCACAGACUGUGUGCCCCUGUGAUGUUGUUGUUGUGUAUUUUUAGGUGUUAUUUGUAUUUUUUUAAAGAAAAAGAUAUAUUUAAAUGAAAAAACUACAGAAAAUAUUUUUUCUUCAACAUAAUCUAGUUUUAAUAGUCAUUUAAUUCAGCCACCCCAUUUACCCUCGGUCAGACCUAUGCAUGAGUAUAGAAAGGUUAAACGGAAUAAUAAUUUCGUAUUUCUAUUCGAACAUCAAAAGCACUUUGUAUUGUUCCUCACCAUUAUGAUCAAACAAACUUUAAAAUUCAGAAAAAAAGCAUUUUCCAGGGCAUUCACCUUAUGCUGUCAUAGAAUCAUUGAAUUAAAUAAAUUAAUUGAGAAAACAUGAGUAGAAAUUCAACUCAGCAACUCAGCGAACUCAUGCAAGCCAACCGACUGUCAUUUAGUCGAAACCGAUUGUUGGUUUUAGCGCCAGUUCUAGAAAACAACCUUUCGACUGGAUCUGAUGUAACCAUCUCGUUCAGUGAUCAUAUGAGCCACUGAUUAAAGUACAUCGCGCCUCUUAGUAGCUGUCGCCAGUUCUGAUCCUGUCAGUAUCUGUAAGGAAGUAAACCGUAGAAGAAUCAGCCGUCUGUGUUCCACCGAUUGCACGGUUAGAGACUAAAAAUAGAAAACGAUGAAGUUAAGUUGAAGAAGUGCCUAUGGAUACUCUGGUUUCAACCAGAGAAAGGUGCCUAAUGAUGAUACUCUGUGCAAUGGUACAAUUACCGAGUCAUGAGCGUUACGGAUAGGGUUACCAUAUGCUACAUACCACAAAAGAGUACAUACUUGUAUUUCUGAAAUAGAGUACAAAAGAGUACAUUUUUUUCUCAACAAAAAAACACGUGUUUUUGGAUACAACAUAUAUCUUUAUUCUGUCAAGUUAAACACCUUUUUCUUUUCUUAAAGAAAAAAAACAAAGCAUUACUGCUUAUACUUAUUUGAACUCCUCACACAACCUAACAACAAUGAGUCAGUUUCAAUCAUUUCAUAGAAAUGGACACAGUCAAUUUGGUAAUUAAAUUUUACCAUUAUUAAUGCUUCGACACAUUUGGGGAGCAAACGAUUUCUAUCAUCAGACCAGAAGCUAUUCAUAAAACUGAAUAAGCGCUCGACUGUGGCAUUAUGACUGGGAAUGGCAAACAAGAACUGAGCGAUUUUUAACAGUUCUGUGCUCGAACUUGGAACGAUGGUUUGAAAAUAAGUGGUCCAUUUAUGAACGACAUGUAAAUCUUUGAAUUUCUCAUCCUCAGCAUUGGAUUCAAAAAAUGAAGAAAGAUUCGACACCUGAUCGAACAAGGCACUUUCAUCAAUUUCGAUCCCUUUUUCAUAUAGGUAUUCCAAGCUAUCUUCAACAAUGUCCCAUUUAGGUACUUUAUCUAACAGCAUCCAGCGAAAGACUUUUACUUCAUCGAAGUGACCAAUUCAUUUGUCUAAAUAAUUUAGACAGUUACGACUUUUUGAUUCUAUCUGAACGCUUCGAAUCAAGACCGUCUCGAAAAAUUUUCUUUACUUGAAGAGGAAUGAACUGCUGAGUGUACCUAUCCGAAAGUUGUUUGCGCACGCUGUCGACUGUACAAACUGUUUCGAUUAAGCUGUUGUCUGCCGCUUCAAUAUUCUUUAUGUUAUUAUAAAACAUUGACAUUAAUGAAUGGACAAACCAUAGAUACGCUUCAUUUAUGUCAUCUUCAAAAAAAAUCUCCAGGAGCUUCGGAGGACUGUCAAUUGAUUUGAAAUAACUUUUUAGAGCUGCGUACAAAUGAAGUAUACGCUCAACGGUGGGCAUAAGGGAAAGCCAUCGUGUUUUCGAAUGCUUCAACACCUUUUUAUACUCGGUGCCCACAAAUGAACAGAACUUCUUCAGCUCUUCCGUAUGAAUUGUAUAUACGGAAAAAUAUCCAUAAAUUUUCAAAACCAGAGCCUCAAUAUCCACAUCCAAACGAUCGAAUCCAUGACGAGCGGUGUUAUGCAGCAAAUGUGCAGGGCAACCCACCCCACAAGUUCACGUUGAGUGGCUUGUUUCAUAUGGUGAAACACAUUAUGUUCUCGGCGACCAACCCCACCGAAAUUAGUAUUACAGCUAUCACCACCAAAUGCAACACACUUUCGAAGCAGUUCAUGUUUCACCAGAUUUUCUAUUAAUAGCUCGGAGAUACGGAUCGAGGUUUCGUUUUCCAAUGACUCAAACGACAACAGCACAUGUUGGAUCCCCUUCUCACGAUGAAAAUACUGAACGAGAACGGGGAACAUUUUGAUCGCCCCAUGAUUGCUUCCAUCCGUACUUACUCCGAUGAAAGGAACGGCCAGCCUUCGCAUCUCCUCCAAACGUAGUUUGAUUGAUUGUGGUCCCAGAACGUCAUUGAUUAUAGCCUCAGUCUUAGUUCUUGCACAUGCAAAUUUGCCGGCAAUCUCUGAAUCAGGAAACACUUUCUUGAACAGCUUACUUCCGCAAUCACAGCUCAGGUAGCUAUAGUUGUGCUGAACGGCAUGGAAUGCCAUUGUGGCUUCAGCUGCCAAUAUUUUUAACUCGAGCGGGGACUUUUGUACCACCAGUAGUUGCGAAAGUUUUCGAGACGAACCUGCUGCUCUGAUAUUUAACUGGUGCUUUUUUGAUGCUAAAUGCUGAGUUAGAUCAGUUCGUCCUUUGUUUGCGAUGGAAAUUUUCUUCUGGCAGACCUCACAAAAGACAUCAGAUUCGUCCGCAUUCUUCCGGCGGGACAUGAUGAAGUUAAAAUAGGCAAUGAAAUUUGGUUUCACAACGAAUAUGAUCCUACAGAAUACUUACCGAUUAAACGAUUGUACAACAAUAGUGCAAGGAGAUAGUUUCGGAUAAAUUUCAAUUAUUUCACUUCGGUAUUCAGCGAAAAAGAAAGCAGGCAGGCGAACGAUAGUUAAAAACCAAUAAACAUUAAAACAACAUUCCGAAGAAGCGCAAUCAUGAACUGUCAGACUGUGGGUGCGAGAAUGGUUUUUAUUACACGUUCGGGGGGAAGGGCAAGUGAAUGUUUGUUUUGGAAUGAAAUGUACUACUGCAAAAUGUAUAUGUACAGUUCAAUUCAAAAACAAUUCGUUUAUAACAAUUUUUGUUUAGUUUUGAAACUUGACAGUCAAAAAGAGUACAUUUGGGCUUAUUUUGCAAAAAGAAGAGUACUCAUUUUUUUAUUGGAAAAGAGUACAUGUACUCUAAAAAGAGUACGGAUCGUAUCCCUAGUUACGGAGUAUGUGAGAAUAUCAAAUUUAAAACGGGUGGUCACCGACUUCAAUUUGGUUCAAUGAAAAAGAAAGCUCCAGUCUCGUUUUAGUUCUGGGUAAAGAGAAACGACGGCCAAUUAUGCGCCUUAAUCUCCCGUCGGAAUAACUUUAUGCAUAACUUUGUUCUAAUAAUCUAAACAGCUCUGGAUGACACUCAUUCAAAUUGCUUCUUUCCUGUCACACAAAAAUAUUCGAUAAAAGUGCGAACUCCGGCAUUUUUAUUACUCUUUCAAUUCAUCUAGAGUCAACUACUUACAAUACCGGGUGAAAAACUGAUUUUAUUCCCAAUCAUAAUCUCAAUCGAGUCAACAACACAAACAAAUUCAUCGACAAGUAUCAGGUAGCUUGCCAGUGAUUAAAAAACUUCACGCUAAAUUCUCCACCUUUGGUUAAUCUUUGAUUGAUGGCACUUUUUGACGAAACUUCCAGCUGCUCUCCAGCCUUCUGCUGUCGCUGCUAGCGUAGAUCGGAUAUUAGGAAAAUUUGACCACCUUCAAAAUACCAUCGCUUCCGCCGACGUAGACGGUCGACUUAUCCGGUCCCAGACAGAUAGCAUUGAUGCACCCACUACCAGCGUUCACUUGAGCGACGAUUUUUGGUUCUUUCUCCAAACUGGUCCACUGUUUCACGGAGUCAUCGUAACCUGCGGUAUACAACAGCUCAUCCGCUCCCAGCAAGCAAUUGAUGAUCAUGUUGUGAGCAUUCUGUGGGAUAAUGCUGUUCAAUCGUUGCAAGCAAAAGUAGUUUAUUCAACAAGUUACCUCUUUGGUCCACAGCACUGGAAAUUGUUCUUUGUUAUUGUUUUUGAUAAACGUGACACCUAAACCAUCUCGCGUUACAAUAGCUACAUUGCUGUAGGCCCCGUUUGAACGGGUUCCACAUAACACAACGGGACAUUUUCCUGGGAUGCUCGCUUUCGUUAUAUACCUACCGGUGGAAGAACCUUCGAGUAAUUCCGUUAUAGUGAGAUCAUUGUCCCGAAUCGAAUAGAUGAAGUUAUUCUGGAUGGCCAUCGAUCGCACCUGCUCUACUAGGUUGAAUUUGAACUUGAUCCUGUGCUCCACCCACAUAGUGAUAAUCCCCUUAUCGUCUCCACUAUAAAGAUUAUCCCUGCUAUCUACAAACAGAGAUUCAAUUUCAUCACUACACUUCAGCAGUUCUUUCACUGCGUCUGACUGCAGAGGAUUUUCCAGACAACGAAUCGUCCCAUCACAGCUGCUGGUAUAUAUCCGGCCCCGCGAGUCAGCCGCCAUGGCGUAAAUCCAGGCCUCGUGCACAUCUAUCUCUUUCUUCAGAGUUAAAUCUUUGGUCCAAACCUGAAAUCAGACAAUAUGGAAUCGUUACCCGUUGAGAUCCUGGAGAAAAUCUUCAAAAAUCUUCGCUACAGUGACUUGAAGCAGGCGUCCGUAGUUUGUCGUCUCUGGUACCAUGUCUAUCAGCGGUCGGCAUUCAUGUCCAAAAUGGUGCUUCACUUCAAAAAAGAGCUCUCUUACAAAACAAUGCAGCUGUUCAUAAACAGUCAAUGUAUAUAUCAAAACCUCCGAUUCACAUCGAUACCGUUCUAUGAUGUUGCUAAAUCGAAACGAAGUCUCUGUCGGAAGGAUAUCAUACACGAGGAUGAGCGCUUCAUCAACCUUCUACGCCGGUUGCUGGUAAUGCUCAGGGGCUCAAUCCAAAUGAUUUCCUUCUGCAAGUGUCAGCUAGAGCGACGAAGAUUUUUCGAGUUUGUGCAAAUGCUACCGGACCUGAGGCUACUGGAAGUUGAAGAGUGUACUUUUGCUGGCGAAGACACCGAUUUCAUGUUACAAUUACCAAAGCUGAAACAAUUCAACUUCAAAUAUCCAGAAGACGAAAUACAACGCUUCGAAUCCGGCAACAUUUACAGCAGCCUGUCGAACAACAAAUGCUGCUUGGGCAAGCUCAAGAUACAACUGUUUGUAAACGAAAUGUACGGAGACACGGACAGUGAUUUAUGGGAUCAGGUGAGCGCUGUAGCUAAACUUGUGCAACAGCACAAGAAGACGAUGAAAUCCUUCAAGGUAGACAGUUUCAAUGAUCCCACAUUGAAGAAACUUGUAUUCGAUGAUAACGAACUGCAGCUGGAAAAGGUCGUGAUCGGUGAAUUGAAACUACAUAAAAACGAUCAAGUAUUUUACGACUUCCUAGCGCAGCAAACAAAGAUUAAGAAGCUCGAAAUAGCAAUCGAGGCAUCGCUAGAAGCAAACAACGAUCAAUACCUGAAAAUUAUCUGCGAGAAACUGCAACUGUUGGAGCAAUUUUAUUACGAUAUGUCACGCAAUUCGGAUAGCGGACUAGAACACUUGCAAAAGCUGGGCAAGUUGAAAAAUCUAGUACUUACAAAAAAUAGAAACACGAUGGGUCUCACCCAGCAUUGCUUCAACCAUAUCUACAUACCCAACCUCAAAUCGCUCGGGAUUUACUACAAGGAACUGCCGCUGGCAGCAGUUCAGCAAAUCCCAGUGAGUUUUCCUAAUCUCAUGGCGCUGAACCUCAGUGAGUGCGAGAGGGGUGUUACCGAUGCGACGGUUCAGUUGAUAUUCCUGUCGCUACCCGCAUUGGAAAGUUUGGAUCUGAGCAAAUGCAAACAGGUCACCGAGCGGGCUUUUCUUGGAACUACGCAUAUCAGCAAUCUUAAAAAACUAAAAGACCUCGUGCUGGAGAAAUGCGACGGUCUCACCGAUCUUGCCCUGACCAGCUUCGAUAAUCCCGCAUUGAAGAGUAUCAGUGUUUCGAUGUGCAACAAAAUCACAAACGUGGGUUGGGAGCUGCUGUGUAGUAAGUGUCCGAAUCUGACCUGGUUGAAUGCAUCCCAGUGUCGUCACUUUGACGACGAAUCAGCGAGAAUAGUAGCAACAAUGCUUAAAGAGAUGGAAAUAUUGAACUUGUUCAAAAACGGCGCCCUGACUGAUCGGGCGGUUUAUUGUUUUGUUGAAAAUUGCCGCUACUUGGAGGAUCUCUGUCUGAGCAAAUGUCGAGGGGUGAAAAUGAAGAAACCAGAAUACUUUGACGAUAAAAUGAAUCGCAUCAACAGAGAGUGUCUCAAAAAGCGCAAGAAAACAUUAUCUUAGAUGAGAGGAGAAAUACAUUGCAUUGGAAACUUUACGUAAGCCUGUAAUAUUUGAUCCCGCUCUCCUGUAAAUUAGUCGUCAGCAUUCCGUCAUCACGCCUACUUACUACUUAGAGUUGCGAGUUCUAUUCAUAUUGUUCAUUGAACAUAAAUGCGAACGUUGGAAUGCGGUUGUACCAAUGGCUCAUCCUGCUCGUGGGAUAUAUAAAUCCCAAAACACAAUGGUACAAUAUCCGAUCGGAAAAUUCUCGAGGGUAAAUAUCGGACGCUAUAUAAUGUUCGUACUUGAACGCAUGCGCACCUCUCGAAAAAGUAAAUGAAUCGCCAUCAAAAUAUUUACACAUCUAUUUCAGUGACGAAUUUAUACCCAAAUAUGUAACGGCUUUGACUGCAAAUAAAACCAAUCCACUUCGCUGA